AUGCAACAUACCAACCAGCUAAGUGAUGAAGAUAUCAGGGAAGAAGUUGACACAUUCAUGUUCGAAGGACAUGACACAACUUCCAGUGGAAUCGGUUUUACUGUGUGGUGGCUCGGACAGUCACCUGAAUCUCAAAAGAAGGUUCACGAAGAGCUUGAUAGUGUCUUUGGUAAGCAUGAGAUGCUAUAG